AUAUCGGUAACCAUUACUUCCAACAUCGUUUCUUUGGAUGAGUUGAUACCCAGAGUGGUGAGUAUCAAACGCGAAGAUAUGGAUAUAGAGCGAUUGAUACCUUGGGUAUUUCAACAUAAAGAAGCUGUUGUAGAAGAUGACAUAGAGUCCUGGCCUGAUGAAGACUUUACCUUAUCUAUUUUCUUCGACAGUCUUCUGUCCCAUUGUGCUUUAUCGAGAGCUCGUUCUUCCCCUUGCAAUGACUCUGGAGUUGAAAGCGCAUGGAGAGCGAGGGAGACUGUUACAGUACCUUUGAGAAAUUGGGAAUUGGAGGGGAGAAAGAGCUGCUUGCAGUUUAUUAAAUCACAAGGUAUACUUCUAAAGUUGCUUAUGCAGAUUGUGUACAAAAGUCUGGAGGACAUAAAAAAAGCGGACCCUGAAAUUCUAUUUCCAAUAGCCGCCCCGAAAAUGAAGUAUAUCAUUGGUGGUACGCAAUACCAGGCUAGAUCAGAGGGCCAGAUUGCUAUCGGUUCCCGAGAGAAAAACCUUCCGAUAGUUUCCUAUACUGGUUGGUUUAUAGGACAGACAUGGAGUGAACUUCUAGGGGAAACAUUCAGUAUAAUGCUGGGACAGCUUGCGAGCAAUCUAGGUGUCUGGAAAAACUGCAACGUGUUACGAGAGCAAGAGGUUUUUGUGAUUGGAUUUUACGGCUCCUGUAUCCAUGUUGCCCGCGGAAUAUUCACACUUGACCCUGUUUCCAGAGCUCAUUCGCAAGGUCUUUCAGAUAUUGGAGCGUUCAAUAUCGACUUCACUCGAGGUUUUAAUCUCUGCUUCAAGAGUGAUUGGCUCGAAGCAGCUCGUGUACUAACGAGGCUUUUUCGUUACCUCUUCAGCGGCAGUUCAAGAGUUAGCGCAAUGCGGGUCAACUUCUAA